AUGAAGAAAAAAGGUUCCCCUGUGCUGGACAGCAUCUUCCACAUUACAAUAGGAAAUAACAAAGCAGAAAAAGAACUUCUUAGAGGACCUACAAGCCACACCCCCAUCAGAGUGACUGCUCAAGCAAGCCUAAAGCUUGAAUUCUGGGUAGUGAAGCAUCCGGAUCCAAUGGGUCAACACAGAAAGCCGAGGCCGUCCACCUCGACAUUUUUGUCAGAGUCGAGUUCCUCGGAGGACGACGACACUGGGGAUGAGCUAAUCCCCAACGAUGACUCAGCCUCGGACAUUGAUUAUGAGGCCCCAAGUGACGAUGACUUAGACUUCGUCUCACACUCGUUGGACUCGACAUUCGAUAGUGAUGAGCCUCUGUCCGUCCACGUCAAUAAAACAUGGAAUAGCAACGCUCCAGGGACCCCAGACUUUAGGUGGAGGAGGAGGGAGAAUGUACCCAGAAAAUACAGUUUUUCUGGUACACCAGGUGUCAAGGUUGACUUGGCCGAAGAUUCGAGUCCGCUUGCAGUCUACAGGGAGUUCAUCACUGACAAACUUAUUGACUUCAUAGUGGAAGAGACGAAUAGAUUUGCGGAGGCGAACGAGACCGGACGAAGACGGCGAUGGACCCCAAUCACGAGUGCCGAGCUCCAUGUUUACCUUGGGCUCCGGCUGCUGAUGGGGAUAAAUAAGAAACCUCGGCUGGCCUUUUACUGGUCGAGGAAUCCAGGGGUGGCCAUGCCAAUUUUCCCGUCGACCAUGCCUCGCGAGAGGUUUGAGCAGAUUUCCCGCAACCUCCAUUUUCAGAAUAAUGAGGGGCAACUUGAAGAGGAUGAUCGACUGUGGAAGCUGAGGGAAGUCAUUACCAUUCUUGGCGAUCGAUUUAGGAAGGUCUUCACCCCGGAUAGGCAUAUAUCGAUUGACGAGUCAUUGUGGAAAUUUAGGGGUCGCCUAAGUUUCCGCACUUACAAUCCGAGCAAGCGGGCAAGAUUUGGCAUAAAAGUUUAUAAACUUUCAGCCAGCGACGGCCCGUGUGCGGGAUACACUGCCGUUUUCAAGAUAUAUACUGGCAAGGAGCAGGGGUCUCUACCAUCCUCCCAGAAAGCGGUAGUAGACCUGAUGGAGGAGGGUGACUUCUUCUGGAAAGGGUACACCGUUUUCGUUGAUAACUGGUACACCUCUCCAGUAUUAUUUCAUUUUCUACAAUCCAGGAAGACUGGUGCAGUGGGGACUGUGCGCCUGAACCGCCGCCACAUGCCCCGUGAUUUGAAGGUGCGGAAGCGGGGGGACGUGGACUCCCGUAGUUCCCCUACCGGCAUGUUGGCGUUGUCCUGGAUGGAUGUAAAGCAGGUAAAUAUGCUUUCUACGGUCCACACAUCACACACGGUGGAGGUUCUGCGCCGUGGAGGUUCGAUGGUCUCCAAGCCAGAGUGCGUCGUUGCGUACAACGACGGAAUGAAAGGAGUGGACUUGGGCGACCAGCUGGCUCAGUCAUACCCUUCAGUGCGCAGGUCACUGAAGUGGUAUAAGAAGAUUUUUUUUUAUAUUUAUGACUUGGCUACUGUAAACAGCCACUCUGUUUACAAGUAUUUGGGAAACAGGUGCGAGCAAAUAGAUUUUCGCCUCGACCUCGCCAUGUCCAUUAUCAACAGUUUCCUCCCUGACAUCGAGCCCUACAGUGCAAGAGGGCGCCCGUCAACACUGCCUUCUCCUUCCAAGUUUCAGGGCAGGACUGCACAUAUUGUGAGGGAGACGCCUGGAAGGAAAUACAGAAGAUGCUUCCUCUGCUACAGGGCCGGAAGGAGGAAGAUGACCAGAACUGUGUGUCCGGCAUGCGAGGUGUCGCUAUGCACCUACAGGUGCUUUGAAAAGUACCACUCGCAGAAACAUUUGACAUAAAUAAAACAAUAAAAUGGUGAUGGGUACAAUUCUGUUUCUUGUUCUCCUUUCUGUAAUUGAAAGAGGCAGCUAAGUCCACAUUCUGACCUCCUAUAUAACAAAACAGCAACUUUUAUAAUUCAUAAAUAAGCUAAAUGAACUAUAUUAUCUCUUACAAGUCUCUUACAAGAAAAAAAAACAGUAAACUUACACAGUGUGACCUCACAUAUCAAUACAAAGUUAUUUUUGAACAUCAAAGUGAAACUACAUUCACUUCUGCUUUUCUUCCUUUUCUGUUGAAUGAAAAAAAAAAAAAAAAACAUGGUUUGAUCUCUCAUAUGGACAAUGCACUACUUCUGAGUAUCAAAGUGAUAUUUGGCUUGCUGCUGUGCUUCAUAUUUUGCUUCAUUUCAAUGUUUGAAAAAACAAACAAAAAACGGCUAAGUCCAUACUUUUACCUCUCGUUCAAAAACAACACUAACUUUUACCAUCAAAGUGUUGAUGUCAUCUGUAAAUAUAGACAACUUGGAAGCGAUUCAGUAUAUCUCGUCAAUACAAAGGCGAAAAGAUGCCUAGAAAACACCAUGAGAAAAGUGCAUUUUCUACAUAUUACCCUUUUAUAAAAACAAACGUUACUACAAAAUCUAUGGAUAGAUUAAUGCAAAAUUGAUAUGAUGGUCUUUGCGCCGCCGCGCCGCGCCAGAAAAAAUCCUGUUGUGAAGGCCCACACGGCUGGCAACUAUUCCCGGGAGCGGGGCCCAGCGACGAGCGAAAAAUUCCGGGGCGAAUGGGUUAAGACACUAAAAAUAUCCUAAAAAGAAACAAAAUGAAACAGCCAAAGAGAAAUAGAAAGCUGACCUAAAUCUUUAACAUAAAAGAAUACAUCAUAAGCAUCAAUCAACCACAACCAAGGACAACACCACGGUAAUUCUUAGCAAUAUGGACGCACUCACCGGAGACCAAGUCCCCAAACCCAUGGCACAAAAUUAUUAAAUAAUCUGAACUGCUCUGACUGGGCAACUAACUGAGGAACUGAGGGGACUAAAAAAUAAAAAAUAAAUAAAAUAAAAAAUAAAAUAAAAUAAAAGAAUAAAAUGCAAAAAGGAUUUUAUUCCUAUUAUUGUAUUUUUGGUAACUAUCUGCAUUAUGUAAAAUAUGCAAAUAAUUAUCUACUGAACUACAUCUAGUAUCUAACAGUGUAUCCUCAUUUAUCUCUUUGUCUAAAUUAUGAUGUUUCCUCAAGUAUAUUUUCCUUGAAAACUAUUCAGUACUGACAAGGGUAAAAAAAAAAAAAA